GUUAACACUUGAAGCCACAACAAUCGGAUUUGCGUUAUAUUAGCUAAUCAUAGAUUGCGUUCCAUUAUAGUUUUAGUGUCUACCAAUGAUUCGUUGUGUGUAAUGUUCUCUUGUGCUCCUUGUAGCCAAUCCGGUAUAGUGUUCCAAUGCGAUUUGCCCUGUGGAAGUAGGCGGGGUAAUUGGCAGUUAAGCUGAAGAACGGCGUUUUCAUCUAUCGAGUCUCCGGGUAGUUUGCCAUGUCUUAGUCAUGAAGUUUUGCGAUGGAAGACGACGUUAUAAUUAGAACUCAACUCUUUCAUAACCGAGUUCGUGAGUGUAUUAUCUGUGCCCUGUUAUUUAUUGCACUAUACAUAUUCUCCUACCUAGUCAUCAGCUGGUUUAAAAAGAAUGCUGACUUCACAACAGAUAAUAAAGAAGAUGCAACAGUCAAUCGCAUCGCGCUUUGGAUGUGUACGUUCACUCUUGCGGUAUCUGCUGGCGCUGUCUUUCUCCUUCCAUUUUCAAUCAUUAGCAAUGAGAUUCUGCUGUCAUUUCCUGAAAACUAUUACAUUCAAUGGUUGAAUGGUUCACUUCUUCAUGGCCUGUGGAACCUUGUUUUCCUCUUCUCCAACAUCUCUCUGGUGUUUCUGAUGCCUUUUGCAUACUUCUUCACUGAAUCAGAAGGAUUUGUUGGCUCAAAGCAGGGAGUAAUGGCUCGAGUAUAUGAAACGUCCGUCGUCCUCUUUCUGCUGACUUUACUGGUUCUAGGGAUUAUCUGGGUGGCAUUUGCAAUUACCAAUGAUGAUGUAGCUAGUAGAGAAUCUCUGUAUGAUCUGUGGUAUUAUUACCUGCCUUAUCUAUACUCUUUCAUCUCUCUAUUUGGAGUCCUGCUUUUUCUCUCAUGCACUCCUUUUGGUUUGUCACGAAUGUUCACCGUCACUGGGCAGCUGCUUGUGAAACCCAGGACUUUUGAAGAUCUUGAUGAACAGCUCAACUGUACAAUAUUUGAAGAGGCAGCUCUGGCACACAAGUUAAAUGGCAAAUUAUCAACCUGCUGGGUGUUUUUCAAUGUGGAGUCACUCAAACGCCAGUUUCUGGCUAUACAUGCUAGGAGGCUUAAACUAGAGAUGAGAAGAAGAACGUCAGCCUGGCAGAGGAAUCUGGGUUAUCUGUUGGCAAUGUUGCUGCUUCUGAUAUUAACUGGAAUCUCUGUCCUGGUGGUGGGGUUCCACAUCCUUCAAUUACUAAUUGAUGAAACAGCCAUGCCUAAAGGAAUGCAGGAUCCUCCUCUGGGAAAAGUCUCUCUCUCUAUGUUUGGUUCAUUUGGAGCGGCUAUGGAAGUUGUUCUCAUUUUUUACCUAUGGGUGUCAUCAGUUGUUGGGUUUUAUCGUUCACCACUUUUCAUCAAACUUACCCCCAGAAAGCAGGACACCACCAUGACCAAGAUAAUUGGGAACUGUGUAUCACUACUUGUUCUGAGCUCAGCUCUGCCGGUAUUCGCCCGUACACUCGUAGCACCAGCAACUUCCUUUUCUUGUCAACUUGAAGUUCCUGCUCUAGCAGCUCCAAGCCUCAGUCCAACCAAGGUUGGAAAUGGAUUGUAUUCAAUUUAUUUUCAAGGAAUCACCAACUUUGACUUGUUGGGACACUUUGGCAGGUUUAACUGGCUGGGAAAUUUUUACAUCGUCUUUCUCUACAACAUGCUUUUUGCAGGCCUUACUGCAUUGUGCCUGUUCAAAAAGUUCACCGAAACAAUACAAGCAGAACUUCUCCUUGCGUUUGGUUUGGAUAGACACCCCCCUUCCAAUCACACGAGCCAGCAUCUCUGUCAAGGUGGAUCCAACUAACAGCAAGAGACUCUCGUAGCGUUGCUGAUGGGUCAUGGUAGAUGAAACCCAAAAGGACUGAACCGUUUUGAACCUAUACUGUGAAAGCUGCUAUUGGUUGAUUUUUGAAGCAUCAAGGCUCCUGUCUCAGGGCAAGGCAGCGUCAACUUUAACCUCAGGAUCUUUCUGAUCCUUAGGGCCGCCCAGUCAGAAACCUUUCCCACUACAGCAAACAAACUUUGUUUACAUCAAUUGGAGCUGGAAUCUCUUUUGCUGUUGUGAGGUAUACCUCAUCAAGUAAUUGCAAGAUAAUCCAAUGUGGUUAAUACUUCAAGUGAUUAAAUGUUUACACUCAAUACUCUUGUGCACUAUUUUUAAUGUAUAUUUAGCAUAUUUUAUUUGUGUAUUUUUGCAUUGUUGGGUUUUUUUUUAGUUUGUAUUGAAAAAAGAUCAUUCCGUUUUUGUUAUUAAUUUACACUUGGACUGUCAAAAUGCAGAGAUUUGAACAAAUUGCAUUCUGAUGACAGUGGAUUAGAGAACAGAAAAAUUACGCUCAGGAUAAAACUGAAGCUUGUGUAUAGUGGCUGAAGCUUAAGAGUUUUGACCAUGUUAAUCAUUACAAGAUGCUACUUGUGGAGAACCCUUUAGGAUUUGUUCAAUUCAGAACCAUAGAAUGGAGGCAGUGGAGGGUGUCUGCUGAUAAAGUAACCCAGGCAGUUAACCUUGGAGUUAGGAUGGUUGAGUGUGAUUUUCUCUGAAGCUUCUAGAACAUUGUAAGUAGUUAUUGAGCUUGUUGUGAUUUGUAAAGGGAAAUGAACAUUUUUUUAUUUAGUAACAAACUUGUGCAAAGUUAUGGGAGUUUAAUCCACACUGGUUACUGGCAAAAACAAAACAGUUGCUUUGCUAAUGGAGGUGUUGAGGUGACUGAUGAAAUGAUGUCUCUUGUUCCAUUGGUCUUUAUAUUCUUCAGUUUUCAUUCUGUUAAUUAAGUAUCAGAAGCUAUAAAUGUGCGGUGGUGCACAUAUAUUUAGGCUGCUUUGUGCCUCCCUAGUCAACCAAAUUUUGUUGGAUUGAAUUAUUGCAUUUUAUACCAACCAGCUUAGAGGCAGCAUUAUAUCAGUUACCUGACAGCAGUUAAGGGGCUUGGCAAGGCAGAUCAAUGUUGCAUAAAUAUGUGAUCCAUCAACAAAUUAUUAUCACUUUGAAUGUCAAAAAAUGAGGAUGAUAAUGUUUCAUGGGCUUUUUGGGCAACUGGAUUUUGGAGAUUAGUGUGGUGACUUCCAUGCUUUAAUAAUUUACAUAUAUAAUUAUGUUAUAUAAGUUGAUGUGAUCAUUAAUUCGUUUGUAAAGUCACUAGCUCCCUGUGUUUAUUGAUAAUGUAUUUUCUCUCUACUGUGACCUCUUGCAUCACAACCAACUGGAGGCUCCUGUGUACUCCGUGUAGGCGGGCUGGGUCUCCUGUCUCUGUUCUUCCUGACAGUGAUCAACUUUAGCAUGAUGGCAUCAGAAUUUGAAAUUGGUUACUCAUUUCUUGCAAUAUGGUGGAGGGAAAUUUCAGCCCUCCAGAAAGUGAUUAAUUAUCCACUUGAUUGGCACCACUAUAGAAGUUCAGAAAAAUGAAACUUAAACCAUAAAACAUUUGACAAACUAAUUCUCCAAUUGCAGCCUUACACUCCUCUUUGUCCCCCAGAGUACUGGACAUAAAUCUGCUUUCCUGUUCCUUAAUAUUCAGACAUCAGGAAAAUAUUUUCAAGCUGUUAUUAUUUUAAAUUGUGCUAUAUUAUCCGUUUCUGCAGUUAAAAUCAUGGUCCGCUGAGUAAAGAUGUCAACAAACUGUAGGGUAGCAUUUGAAGUUUAAUUUGGAUAGACAUUUUAAGAUAUGUAAACCAGUUAUAUAGGGAGUAACAUAUUUUGUGGAAACUGUCAAUAUUGGUGUUAAAAUUUAAUGACUGAAUCUGAGGUUACUAAUGGACCUCAUUAAAGCAGGACAGAAACCUGUACAAAGCUAAGCAGUUGACAUGCUGGUAAAAUCAAUGUGAUUUUCGUGACCUUCUAGCAGUACCUAAGUGAAGGAAGGUUUUGAAUUUGGAAAAGAAGGUGGAAGCCUGGAUAGCAAGAGUUUUAAUAAUGAUUGAGUGAAGUCCUGUCCUUGCUAAACUUCUGUGUAAUCUCCUUGCAAAAGGUAUUGGAAAUUGUAGUUUGCAAUAAUCUAACUAUGUAACUUCAAAGUACAAGAAAGUUAAGCUGUCUUGCUAGGUGAAUGCCUUAUUUGAAGGUAUUUGUGAAGAUACAAGUGUGGAAUUAUAAUGUUCCUCGUUAAAAUCUGGGUUUUGGUUAGAAAUUACAUUUCCUUUUGUCGGUUAGGACCACACCCACCCAACAUUCAACAGAAAGAUUUGACAAGGCACAUAUGUCAUUAAUGUGUAUGUGUCUUUCCCAUUUUUGGAACAGUAAAAUCUUAAUUUUUUUAUUGGAUUCUCAAUCAAGAGUCUCAACUAAGUAGUUUUAGCAUCAAAACUCUUGGUUGAAUUUUAUUUACAAAGGUUUGCUCUGCUGAAACGGAAUUGAGGAAUUGGUGGUCCUGUAGGAUUGUAUUUCAAGUCUGUACUCACUGAUAAUUUUUGUAUAUGAUAAGCUAAUUAUCUCUUUGAGCCAAGCACAAAUUUAUUUCACACAUAAGACAUGGGACACCUGAGCAGACUGGUGUUAGAUGUUCUGUGAUCUGGCCACGGUCCUGAACUGUCAUUAAGAGAUGAUCAUAUUUUAAGAAACAUCUUAAAAUCUUAACAUCUGCCGGAAGUAAAUUCCUUGUAUGUGUUCAGGUACUUGGCGAUUAAAGUCUGAUUCUGAUUCUGAUAUUCCAAUAUAUUUGAUAGGUCCAAAAUAAUAUAAGAACAAGCCCAUUUGCAAUUUCCUUAAUUGUCUCUUUUAAUGGAGCAAAUGGACCUUGCAGAGACUGACAACCUUUCUAAUGUUUAUAUAAUGCUGACUUAAAAUAUGAAUGCAUGUAACCCACUUCUCCUCUAUUUUUGUUGGAGUGUUUUCAUGAGAUGGUAUUUUGUUUACAGGCCAGGUGAGAGGUUUUCAUUGUUGCUGUUUCUUCCUGCGUGAACGUGUUGCCAAAGAGAUUGGUUCUUGCCAAUAUAAUAAACCUUCUUCAGCUGUUAAGAAUAUUAAUUUAAACUUUUUUUUAAUUUAAGUGUUUUCAAUAUUACCAUUAUAACAAAAAAGUUUUUGAUGCACUGGUAGAUGUUGACUGAGAAGGAUACAACAGAACCUUUUUGGUUGUAAUGUAGUAGCAAUAUGAGUGUCAUCUUUGUUCCCGUCCCUGCAUGUUAAAUGGUUCUUGAUGGUCGUGAGCAUCACAGUCAAAUUUUUGUAUGAUGGGUUGAACUACUGAAAACUGUGGUUCAUUCUUUUCAGAUUAGUCUAUAAGCUGGAUAUAGUUGAGUGGCCUGUAUUAACAUAACUUGUUCAGUUACAUAUUUAAUGUAACUAUGGUUCAGCUGGCUCUUGGACACAUUACAGAUAAAGGGUACUCAUUUGCAUUUUUGAUUUAGUCCUGUGUUAGUACUUACUUGCUGGCCUUGCACAUAAAGGUUGCUUGGAUGAAGUACCGAGGAUAGUUGGUGCCCAUUGAAUUAUAUCCCAUUCUGACUCAAUGCCUUCAGCAGAACGACCUCACUUCAGUGUGCAUCAAUUUUUGCCCCUCUGCCAGGUUUGACAUUCCAAUUGUAGUGUUUGGAUUUAUUUAAGUUGGUCUAUCUGGCAGGAAUUCCCAGUAAUGAAGUAUAUUUUUAGUUAUGGUUUUCUGGUUUAAGAUGGUGCUGGUGAACACAGCGACGACUUGCUGGCAGCAAACACAACCAUUACUCACACUUUUUAUCGAAAAUGAUCACUGCAACUUCUCUUUCGGAGUUGAGCUUUCGACUGCCUGUACAACCUGACAUUCUUGUAGUGUGAACUGAAGUCUCUAAGGUCUCUGCAGCAUGGUGUGUAUGGGCUGAAUGGAGGCAGCGGCAUCCAGGCCUAAGAAUGAGGAACAGCUCAUUGUUCGGCCAAUUUAAGCGGUGGGCCAGAUUGGAAAGGUCAGGGUGUCGGGGCUGGAAGCAAGGGACAGGCCAGUGUUCAGCUCGCUACUCUGCCAGGUUUACUCGUCUGUACUGAACUGAGGCUGUGACCUGCAACUAAUAGGCUUUUGGACUGGCUUCAUGGCUGUGGACUCACUUUCAUGAACUUCAGUUCCGAAUGUUAUUUGCUUACUUUUAUUGUUUGCACAAUUUUUUUUCUGCACUUUGGGUGCUUGACAGUCUUUUUUUAGUGGGAUCUGUUGGGUUUCUUUGAUUUGCAGCUGUCUGUAAGGAGACAAAUCUCAAGGUUGUAUAUAGUAUACAUCGAUAAUAAAUGUACUUUGAACUUGAACUUUGAACUUUAGACUUAUGGAAGCCCAGCAUUCCAGUAUCUCAGCAGCCAGUCUCUGAAAGUAGUUUUAUCUUGGAGUGAACGUCUCUGAUGUGUAAUCAUCACCCCGAUGAAAAAUGUGUCAUUUUGUUCAAUAGAUAUGGGUUGUGUGAUUUGAAAUUGAAGUGCAAACCCAUGUUGUAUUUUUCCAUGCAAUCUGUUAAAUAAAAUGUAAAUAAAGUUUUUAAUCAA